UGAUUGGAAGAGUAUGCAAAAAAUGUGCUUGUGAAAUUAAAUUAAACUUUGGAGGAAUUCAUAGUGAAUAAACAAAAAAAAACAAAGAGCAAAAAAUACGACAAAAAUCUGUUAUGAAACGGCGUUAAAAAUUCCAACGCAGCCACAUCAAUUUCAGUGAACAACGGAAAACUUACAACAACAAUAUGUGCGGCAAAAUAGGACCACCACUGCCACCUACCCUUUCUUAUCCCUUUCCCAACCUUCAAUACUACCAGAGCAACAUCAAUUUUUGCCAAGGAAAGCGAAUAGACAACUGCCGCACAUUAAAAGUGAAGCUUACCGAGCCGUUACAGGCCCAAGCUGCGCCUUAUAAUUACUGCCAACGAAAAUGUCUACCCACCAGCGUCAACAACAAACAGCUGCUCCACGUGUAAACGAUACGCAAAACAACCUUACUGAGUCGGAGGACAAAGAUGAAAAUGGCGAUGGCUAUGAUGAAACUGGCCAUGGCAUAAACGAAUUGGUCAGGCAAAGCACAGGCACAGCAAGCGCUGACGUUAACCAAACUAAAAUAAGCCAGCGAAGGAAAACAAAAAUUUCUGACAAGCCACAGACGAGUGGCCAACACAAAGUAAAGGAUAACAAUAACUGCCAAGCGGCAAAGCAAAAUAAAAUUUCAAGUGAGUGUUCGAGGCACGAGGCCAGCCAAAAUGUUAACGCUACCCCACCUUCGCUUGGUGUGAAUUUAAAAACAUCAAUUUACGACUGGGACUCACCCAGCUCAUUUACCGGUACAGUGAAGAGGCGGUCCGGUCGCCGGCCACACUCGUUGGCAGCAACAACUGCAAGCGUUGAACGUGGUUUGGGGCAUGCGAAUGUGAAACAGAAUGCAGCUUCCGAGAGCUCAGCGCUGUCAGUGAAAGCUUUAACCCCCACCAAAGAUGGCACCACUACCAACCAUAACUACAAAUUUUUUUGUAAUAACAAACGCAACCACUAUGCAAUUAGUGCCAACAACGCAAACACAGUGGAUGGCAGCAAGUUAAAGCGGCGGACGACUAACGACGAAAUAACUUUUGCAGGGACCGUCAAACCUGCCAGCAACAUGCCAAAGUCUCAUCGGCUGGGUAAGGAUAAGUCAUCGAAGCUGCGGCACAGCAAAUCGCUGGCGUCAGCGGAUCGAAAUGCUAAUAAUGCCGCUGCAACAAGCUCCCCACCACCGUCACCAAACAGUGACUUGGCGGCCGCUCAUAGUUUCCUAAGUGUUUCGCAACAUUCCCAGUCUAGCGCGCCUGGCACUAGAUCGAAGUCUUCCGAUGCCACGUCAUUGCCUGCCUCGUACAACCGCAAUCUUUGCAAUGCCUCCUUCUCCAGCGCGAACCAACUACACGACGAGCCGAAUGCCAUACGCGAUGCUAAUUAUAUGGAAUUGAGCUUUUGUGAUGGCCGGUACACCGGCGAUGAGUCAACGCAGUUUACCGAGCUCUUUCGUGAUUUCCCCGUCAGUUAUGAAUCCACGACGGUCGUCACGAAUUCACAGUUUGCAAAGUGUGGUCUUUCGGCGCAAGCGUCACCACGUUCGACGCCUCCCUAUCGCGAGCCACCACCGCCAACACCACCACCGAUCUCACAGAUGCCAACGCGCGACUCGCGCUUCCUCGCCAUGCAAUCAACCGCCGAGCCAUGUGCUUCCCUAUCCGCGCCAGCGACACCCUCACGCGGCAAGGUCGUGCUCAGUAAGAAGGAGCGCAAGGAGUUGAGCAAACUGAAUGCGCGUCUAGGCGUGUAUGAUGGUAGCGAGCAUGCUGGUGGAAGCGCGAGCGCUCAGUCUAGUCCCUACAAGGGACGUGUAUCUGAGUUGAAGAACUGCUUGGCGCGGGGUCUAUUUGCUUCGCUAAGUCGUGGUUCGCAGAAGUCACUUACCGCGAAUAGCGCGGCACAAGAGGAAGCCACAUCAUCGUCGAAUGAGGUCUCACCGCCGCCACCAGCGCCAGCGGACGCUAGUCCUCCAAACUCGAAUGCAUCCAACAAUAAUGAUGCAGACUAUAGUGAGAAGCUAAAGAAUUUGCCAGUGCGUCAGCGUAAGACGCACGUCUCGCACAUGGAUAACUAUUGCCUCUUCGAUCCUGUUGAUUUCAUAAAUGAAAAGGCGCUACGGCAACGCACACAUGAGCAUUUAAGCCGGAUGUUUGAAACGACCACGACACACGGUCUACGUGAUCCGCUCUUCAGUUCGCGCCAGAACUUAGACUUUAGCGAAGAGGAAUCUGUGCCCGAAGUCAUCUACAAUGAGGAUGAGCUGCCACCGGAGGACGACUCUACGCUAGUGGUUGAGGUGACAUUCGAGGAAGCUUGCGGUGGCGCAACGAGAUCAGCUAAUUUCGAUCAUCACAAUUAUUUUGUCAUUGAUCCAGAUGACUUUGAAGAGGAACCCAUACCUGAUAUCGGCAUACCGAAUCCAAAUACCAAUGAACAACUGGUGCACGCCAACCUCGAAGCAUUGGCUGAGCAAACCACUGCCAAAGCAGACGAGCCCAUACUACGUGAGUCCGCCAGCUUUGAAAAGUUGCUCGAAGUGCUGGAUGCGGCGCCGAGCAUGUCGAAUAGUCAAGAGUCCAAAGAUACAAACACCACCGCUUCCACGACCACAACAACAUCCACCGCGCUUGUGGAGUCAUCCACCUCCACGAACUCAGCGAGUUCAUCCACCUCAGCGACGUCCUCGCAAACGACGCUACAGCGCACGAAAAAGAGGUUAACCUUCCUGAAUCUCUCACCUUUUCGGUCGAAACAGCAAAUGAGUGGCAGCGCCGUGGCCGGGAAUGAUAAACGAGCUAAGCGUAAUGGCGACAAUAAAACGAAUGAUGCGUCUGCGUGUGACGCUAGUGCCGUAGAGGACACAACGAGUAACGAGCAGCGUGCUGUCUCUGUGCUAGUCAGCUCGGAGCAUAUGCUUCACCUGCAGCAUAUGCUGCUGGACGAGAAGGAGCACUUACGCGCGCGUACCGUGCCAAUCGAAUCGAAUUAUGUACUCUUCAAUCCGGGUCCGGUGCCGAGUCGUAAUGUACCGUACAAAAUUCGUAAGCCGCGACCGUUGUCCUCACACAGCGAUGCAGAUAGUGGUUUCCUGAGUCCAUGCUCGCCCGAUGAGCUGUCCGCGCUGAAGUUCAACUCGGCGAUUUUGGUGCUGCAGCAGUGUGACAGCGUGCAGGGAUACAUUGAGAUAUACACCGAUUGGGCAAACUACUAUCUCGAACGUGCCAAAUCCAAAAAGAGAGUCACCGAUCUGUCAGCAGAUUGUCGCGAUGGCUUACUACUCGCUGACGUCAUUGAAGCGGUAACAUCAUUCAAAGUGCCCGAUUUGGUGAAAAAGCCAAAAAAUCAGCAACAAAUGUACGACAACGUCAACUCCUGUCUAAAUGUGCUGCGUUCGCAGGCGGUUUGUGGCGUGGAUAAUAUCACCACGAAUGACAUCUGUGCCGGCCGACUGAAGGCAGUGUUGGCGCUUUUCUUUGCGCUCAGUCGUUACAAGCAACAGUCGAAGCAAUUGUCUAACACAACAACACCAAAUGCGAAUAUUGUUUUGGGCACAACAAAUACAACAGCUAAUUGCACAACAACAGCAGCGGCGGCAAUAAAUACAGCCACUGGUGGAGCAAUAACGGCAGCCAGUAAUCAGGCACAAAAUCAGCAACAGCAACAGCAACAUCUGCAGAACGGCAAUGAAACAAUGUUGAAUAGUUCUGAAGGUUGUAGCAUUAGAUAA